AUGAAGAUACUUUCUCUUUUUUCCCUAUUUGAAUUAAUAACUCUUGUUUAUUGCCAAUUUAAUCUUCCAAAUGAUUCAACAACAAUUUCAGUAUUGCCUGAAUUAACAACAACAAUCUCACCAUCUACAUUACCUGAAGUAACAACUAAUUUUGUAUUAACUGAUUUAUUUAAUCCAACAAACACAACAACAACAACGACAACAUUAUUUAAUGAUGAUACAAAUAAAACAUUGACAACAACAACUUCAAAAUCAAUCACUCCAUUCACUUCCCCAACAUCAACACCCUCAAAUGGAUUAAAUUUGCAAUUGAAAGUUGGGUUGCUAUUUGCUAAUGGUUCAAAAGAUUUACGAGCACAAUUUGGUUUUGGUCAAUCAGCACCAGCUAUUACUUUAGCAAUGCAAAGGGCUGCUAGUGAACAAUUAAUUAACAAUAUUAAUUUUAAUUUUACGUGGUUUAUGUGUGAUUGUGAUGAAGCUUUAGCCGCUGGAUACACAAACAGACUUUUUCUUAAUUUAAGUGUUGAUGUUAUUAUUGGCCCUCCAUGUGUUACCGCUGCCCUAAUGACUGGUUAUAUCUCUUCUUUUUAUAAUUUUCCUAUUUUUGUUUGGGGCGCAUCAGUUACUUCAAAAUUCAAUCCAAUUCCUACAGUUACAAAUAUUAACACAAAUACUGUUAUGUUAUCUAUGGGUGUCCAAGCAGUUCUGUCACAAUUUCAAUGGCAAGAAAUUUCUCUAGUUUAUAUUCCCGACAAUAUUGGAAGAGUUUGUACUUAUUUUAAACAAGAUUUUGAAUCUCUUUUAAAUAAUAAUCCGAAUAUAACUAUUGUUUAUACAAAACAAAUGGAUUCAACAUCUACUAGCAUGAAAGAUAGUUUAAGAAAAGUUAUGACGUGUUCACGAAUUAUUGUUUCUUGUUUUGAUUCUGCUGUAGAUCGACGUAAUUUCCUUUUAGCAAUGACUGAUUUGGGCUUAGUUGAAAGCUCUGAAUAUGUUUUGAUUGUUGCACAGUUGAAAAAUCAAGGAAUGUUACAAGAAAUAAAUUCUUCUGGAGCAAAUGGAGUUCAAUAUGACGGUAUUUGGAAGCAAUCAGACGGGUCUAACGAUGGGAGAGAUGCAGAUGCUUUAAAAGCUGCUAGAAGGUCAAUUGUUGUAAGUUUAGAUUUUUCUUCAACUAGGAAUUAA